UGGCCUUAAACCAUCAUCGGUCGCAGCUUCGGCUCCGAAUCCAACUCCAAACUUCAUCAUGACCCCAGUGAGAAGAAGAUCAUCGCUGAUGACUCAGACACGAACACUCUCACCAGGACCGGAGAAAGCUGGAAAGACAGUCUGAUGGGUCAUAGUCAGAGGAGGCCAGCGCAGCGGAGAUGUUCAGAAAGAGACUUCCUCCAGAGGAGGAGAGACGGGUCAAAGCCAACGACCGAGAGUACAAUGAGAAGUUUGAGUAUGCGAGUAACUACAUCAUGACGUCCAAGUACAACAUUAUCACCUUUCUGCCUGUCAACCUGUUUGAGCAGUUCCAGGAAGUGGCCAACACUUAUUUCCUAUUCCUGCUCAUUCUACAGUUGAUACCUCAGAUCUCCUCACUCUCCUGCUACACCACCAUCGUGCCUUUAGCUCUGGUGCUGAGCAUCACUGCAGUGAAGGAUGCCAUGGACGAUUACUUUCGUCACAAGAGCGACAACCAUGUCAACAACCGUCAGUCUCAGGUCCUAAUCCGUGGCCUUCUUCAGAGUGAAAAGUGGAUGAACGUUCGAGUUGGUGACAUCAUUAAACUUGAGAACAAUCAGUUUGUGGCAGCUGACCUACUCCUGUUGUCCAGCAGCGAACCUCACGGUCUCUGCUACAUCGAGACAGCUGAGCUGGACGGAGAGACCAAUAUGAAGGUGCGUCAGUCUGUCUCAGUGACAUCUGAACUUGGAGACAACCUCUCUUCAUUUGACGGUGAAGUAGUGUGUGAGCCCCCCAACAACAAGCUGGAUCGUUUCUGUGGUACCCUCUACUGGAGAGAGAAGAAAUACCCCCUGACCAACCAGAACAUGCUGCUGCGAGGGUGCGUCCUCCGCAACACUGAAGCCUGCUACGGCCUCGUCAUAUUUGCAGGUCCAGACACCAAACUUAUGCAGAACAGCGGUUGCACUAAGUUUAAGCGCACGAGCAUCGAUCGCCUGAUGAACACGCUCGUCCUCUGGAUCUUUGGCUUCCUCGUGUGCAUGGGAACGAUCCUGGCUGUUGGUAACGCAGUGUGGGAGCGAGAGGUGGGAUCCUUGUUCCAGAGCUACCUGCCCUGGGAACCCCCUGUGAACAACUUCCUGUUUAAUGCCUUCCUCUCCUUCUGGUCCUACAUCAUCAUUCUCAACACCGUGGUGCCCAUCUCUCUGUAUGUCAGUGUUGAGGUGAUCCGCCUCGGUCACAGCUACUUCAUUAACUGGGACCAGCAGAUGUUCUGCUCACAGUGCAACACAGCAGCAGAGGCCAGAACCACAACUCUAAAUGAGGAGCUGGGCCAGGUGGAAUAUAUUUUCAGUGAUAAGACUGGGACUCUUACUCAGAACAUCAUGAGUUUCAACAAGUGCUCCAUCAGUGGACAGACCUACGGUGAAAUCACAGACCCACUUGGACCUCAACCAAAGAGUUUGGACUUUACUCCCUUCAACCCCCUGGCAGACCUGGACUUCUGUUUCUAUGACGAUGCCCUGCUGGAAUCAGUGAAAGUGGGAGACAAACACACGCACGAGUUUUUCCGCUUGCUCUCUCUCUGUCACACCGUAAUGAGUGAGGAGAAGAGUGAGGGAGAGCUGGUCUAUAAGGCUCAGUCCCCAGAUGAGGGCGCUUUGGUGACAGCAGCACGAAACUUUGGUUUUGUGUUUCGUUCCCGAACACCCGGGACCAUCAGCACCACGGAGAUGGGACGACCCGUCACCUACACUCUGCUGGCAAUUCUGGACUUCAACAACAUACGCAAAAGGAUGUCUGUGAUAGUGCGGAACCCUGAGGGCAGGAUCCGUCUGUACUGUAAAGGAGCUGACACCGUGCUGCUGGAGAGACUCCACCCCUGUAACCAGGAGCUGAUGAACAUCACCUCAGACCAUCUCAAUGAGUAUGCAGCUGACGGUCUGAGGACCUUGGCUUUGGCCUACAGAGACCUGUCCGAGGACCAAUGGGAGUCCUGGUCAGAGAGCCACCGCUCUGCUGACAAGGCCACUGACUUCAGAGAGGAUCUGCUGUCAGCUGUGUACGAGCAGAUAGAACAAGACAUGAUGCUUCUCGGUGCCACGGCCAUAGAGGACAAGUUACAGGAAGGUGUCCCUGAGACUAUUGCUGUCCUAUCUCUGGCCAACAUCAAAAUCUGGGUUCUUACUGGAGACAAGCAGGAGACAGCUGUCAACAUAGGGUAUUCAUGCAAGAUGCUGACAGAUACAACUGAGGUUUUCAUCAUCAGUGGACACACCGUCCAGAGCGUGCGGCAGGAGCUCAGGACUGCGAGGGAAAAAAUGAUACAGCUGUCACAAACCACGGAUGGAGGGAAGGAGCCAGGGAUGGAAGGAUGGGGGGAGCCAUACCUUAGUGGCAAUGGUCUCAACGAAGGGCAGGAGGGAAGAGGGGAGAAGCAGAUGGAGGGCUCGUUACCUCCGUCCUCCUCCUGUGUCAUGGACAACAUCUCUGGAGAGUUUGCCCUCGUUAUCAACGGUCACAGUCUAGCCCACGCUUUAGAAGGAGACAUGGAGACUGAAUUUGUAUUGACAGCAUGUGCGUGCAAAGCAGUGAUCUGCUGCAGAGUCACGCCGCUGCAAAAAGCUCAGGUGGUGGAGCUCAUCAAGAAACACAAGAAGGCCGUGACUCUGGCCGUAGGAGACGGUGCCAAUGAUGUUAGCAUGAUCAAAAGCGCUCACAUCGGAGUUGGUAUCUCAGGUCAGGAGGGGAUCCAGGCAGUCCUGGCCAGUGACUUCUCCUUCUCCCAGUUUCGCUUCCUUCAGCGCCUCCUGCUGGUCCAUGGUCGCUGGUCCUACCUCCGCAUGUGCCGCUUCCUCUGCUACUUCUUCUACAAGAACUUUGCCUUCACCAUGGUGCACUUCUGGUUCGGCUUCUUCUGUGGUUUCUCUGCCCAGACUGUUUAUGACCAACACUUCAUCACACUCUUCAACAUUGUCUACACCUCCCUCCCUGUGCUGGCCAUGGGGAUUUUCGACCAGGACGUUCCUGACCGCAGGAGUCUGGAGUAUCCAAAGCUGUAUGAGCCUGGGCAGCUCAACCUCCUCUUCAACAAAAAAGAGUUUUUUAUCUGCAUCACCCAGGGCAUAUACACAUCAGUGGUGCUGUUUUUUGUUCCCUACGCUGUUCUAUCUGACGCCACACAAAGUAAUGGCGUGCCCCUGGCCGACUACCAGACCUUUGCCAUCACCACCGCAACAGCACUGGUCAUCGUGGUCAGCGUGCAGAUUGCCCUGGACACUGGCUUCUGGACAGUCAUUAACCAUGUGUGUGUGUGGGGCUCUCUGUGCUCCUACUUCAGCAUCAUGUUUGUUCUGCAAAGUCAGGGCCUGUUCAGGAGCUUCCCCAGUCAGCUGAACUUUGUAGGUUGUGCUCGCAGCACAUUAUUGCAGCCGAUCGUGUGGUUUACGAUUGCACUGGCUACAGCAAUCUGUGUAGUUCCAGUUUUGGCGUUCCGCUUCCUCAAGCUGGACCUUAAACCUCAGCUCUCAGACACGGUUCGCUACACGCAGUUGGUGCGUCAAAAGAAACGAAAGCCAGCAGGUCGCAACGUAGGAGGUCCCUGGCGAGGAGCGGGCAGCGUGUCCGAGAGUCGUCUGGGUGCUCGGGGUGGUUCCAGGAGGUCGGGCUACGCCUUUGCCCACCAGGAGGGCUUUGGGGAGCUGAUCACCUCAGGUAAGAACAUGAGGCUCUCGUCUUUGGCCCUGACCUCCUUCGCCUCCAGACAUAGCUCCAGCUGGAUUGACACGCUACGCAGAAAGAAACACACCCAUGGCCACACCCCGGCCAGUGCAUCAGGGGAGUGCAGUCCAGCGCCCAGUUGCGUCUCUGGGUCAGUACCCCCACUCUCAAACUCCUGUUCAGUUCUGGGCGGCUCCCAGGACAUGCCCCUAGAGGAGGAGGCCGGCACAGCACCGGCCCAGAACACACUGUCUGCUCCUGCUCCAUCCAAAGAAACAACGUCAGCUUCAGAACAAGAACCAGACUCAGCUGAAGCUCACACAGAAUGAUGUUCUGGAGAUGUUCCAGUUCACUGACACAACAAACAGGAUUCUCUGGUUUCCAUCACUCUGUCAAAAUCAUCAUUUUUUUAUCUAAAGUUGAACCUCCUUGGAAUUUAAUGGCCUUGUGGUGAACUAGUUCCCACGGACCCCUGACUGUGUUCCAGACUGGCUGUACUGUACUGUAUACAUCCAUGUGUGUUUUGUUUUUUUUUUUUGUUCUAAUGAGAACACUAUCUUAAUGUACAGAAACUUCUAAGACCACAUUUUUGGUUUUUGUUUUUGUACUUUGUGAAGAUUAAGACACAUGUAGACAAACAACGUUCUUCACUGCUUAAAGGAAUAAUGUUGAAUAACUAGAACUCCUAUGGUACUUUAUUUCUUUUCACAUUAUCUGAAGUAUCAUUAACAAAAUCUUCUUUAACAAAAGUCUCCACCAGCAUCGACGAAACACACGAUGUUCUGUGAAGAAGCGUACCAACACAGGGAAAGGGACGGUGGAGAGGCCUGGUUGCACAGCAUGGUUCUUUUUUUUUUUUUUCUUUUUUCCUUUUUCAGUGUGUUUGUCUUUUAUGACAUUGUGUUAUACAUUGUUAAAAGUAUUAAUGAUCUUGAGUACAUACAGUACAGUGUUGUCUCUAACGUCAGCAGAGCUACUACAGUACCAGUAUUCCUGUUUAAAAUGUAUGUAUUUUAAAUUUUGCAUCAUAUUGAUGUGAUUGUGCUGUGGGUUUAGGUUUUUUGCUUUUAUUUAAAAAAUCUUUUUAAAAAAUGGCAACAUGUCGAAUUUUAGCCUUAUUUUGACCUAAUAUAAUUAUAAUUUGUAUAUAUUGCAAUUGUAAUUUAUAUAUAUAUAUAUUAUAUUCAUUAAACUUUUUAGUAAACAGC